CCAAGCCAGUCUUUGGGUGGAAGGAAAAAAGUUGGCACUACACAACAGCAGUCUAUCACCCAGGCAUUUUCAAAAGGCGUAGCGUAUGAUAAAAAAAGCCAGCGGUGGACUGACAUAACGAAGUCCAUCGCAAUAUUUUUGUGCAAAGACAUGGUGCCUUUCCAAACCGUAGAGAGAAGCGGCUUUUUAGGCAUGGUGAAGACGCUUGAUCAACGUUACGUGGUACCAAGCCGCAAAUAUUUUAGCCAGGUGGAAGUGGCCAGACUGCAUGACGAGGUUCGCAAUGAAGUGUUAAAAGAGCUUUGUGACAUAAAACACUAUGCAACCACCACGGACUUGUGGUCGAGUCGCACUAUGGACCCGUAUAUCAGCCUGACAAUCCACUUCAUUAACGACGACUGGAAGUUGUGCGGCAAAUGUCUGCAAACAUCGUAUUUCCCUGACGACCACACAGGGGAGUUGAUUGCCCAGGGACUCAGGGAAGCGCUCGAGUCAUGGGAACUUGACGAAGAGUUGCAGGUAUGCAUCACCACUGACAACGGCGCUAAUGUCGUUAAAGCAGUGGGACUCAAUGAUUGGACAGGACUCCAGUGCUUCGGCCACAGGCUUCACCUGGCCAUUGAAGCGAGUUUGAAGGAGCCCCGGAUUGACCGUGCAGUUGGAGUGUGUAAGAAAAUUGUGAGUGCAUUUUCUUACACAAAUAAGAGGAGAAAAGCAUUGGCCAAAGCCCAGGCUGAGCUACACCUGCCUCAUCACCGCCUCAUCACAGAGACUCCAACAAGAUGGGGGUCACGGCAGCAAAUGAUUGAGAGGGUGCUAGAGCAGGAGAAAGCGAUCACACAGGUCCUGAAAGAGGACAAAAAAAACAGGCACCUGGUACCUACUUGGCAGGACAUUGAUGUCUUGGAGUCAGUAAACAAGGCCCUCAGUCCACUGAUGGAGUUCACAGAUGCACUUUCUGGCGAGGACUAUGUUAGUGUGUCCUAUCUUAAACCUGUGCUCCAUGUCCUUAACAACAAGGUUCUGGCUCCAGGUGAUGAUGACACAGAAGAACUAACAAAGCAUAUGAAGAGGGCCAUUCUCCAAUACUUAAAUGAAAAGUAUGCUGAUCCUGCCACUGAUGACGUGCUGGAUAUGGCCUCCUUAGUUGAUCCACGGUUCAAAAUAUCAUACAUAGCAGACAACCGAAAAGAUUACAUCAAGACAAAAGCAGUGGCAGAAAUUCAGGCCCUGUUGGAAAAGCACUUGUCAGCUGCAUCAUCCACACAUUCACCACCACAUACCAGCACAGCAGCUGCUGAAGCUGGACAGGCCAAGAAGGUUAAGCGCAGACUGGGCAGCUUUUUCAAAAAGGCAUCCAUUCCUGGCCCAGCUGCUCUCGCUGACAGAGAUGCCAUUGAGGUAGAGCUACAAAGCUACCUGCAGGCACUGGAUGUGGAUGGAGAGGCCGACCCAUUAGAGUGGUGGAAGCUGCACCAGGCAAAUUUUCCUAGAGUGGCAAGCCUGGCCCGGAAGUACUUGUGUAUUCCGGCAACCAGUGCACCAUCAGAAAGGGCAUUUAGUACAGGUGGCAAUAUUGUUACGUGCCACCGAGCUGCACUAAAGCCAGAGAAUGUGGACAGGCUUGUGUUCUUGGCUAAAAAUUUGCCGUAAAUGUGUAAAAAUGAUGUUCAGUGUUUGCUUGCAUGUAUGAGAGAAGCACAAAAACAAACACAAAAUUUUGUUUACAGAAACGAAACCAAAGGAAGCUAUUGGAGUUGAAGUACUGUAGCAUAACUAC